AGUGGGUGUUUUCCUCUAAACUUGGGCCAUGAUUUCAAGGGCUCUGGAGCCCUCGGUCCGCUGCUAACCCGGGGUCUGGCCUGUCUUCAGCGUUCCUGGGACAUAACAUGCGUCCCCAAAGGCAGGAGUGGUGUAUACCUCUGGGACUUCUGCUGCUGCCUCAUUUGCUGCUGGCAAACAUUCAAGAUGCUUCGGAUCAAAUGACCGUCAUCUCUGGCAGCAACGUGACUCUGAAAAUCUCCAAUGUGACUCAUAACUACAAACAAUUAGCCUGGUUUUACAACGACAACCAGAAGAUUGUAGAACAGGAGUCCAAAGACCCUAAAUACUUCAAGUCUCAGUUCAAGGACAGGGUCCGUCUUGGUGCUGACCACACACUCUUCAUCUAUAAUGUCCAGAAGGAGGACAGCAGCACGUACAUCCUGAAGGUGUUGAAGGAGUCUGGGAGAGAGAUAUCUAAGUACAUCUCACUGGAGGUGUUGGAUCCAGUACCUAAACCUGUCAUAAAGAUUGAGAAGACACAGGAAGAGAGCAACAGAUGUCAUCUGAAACUGUCAUGUGAGAUCGAAGGCCUGUCUGCAAGCUGGUAUGGGGACUCGAGACCAUUUCCAAAGGAGAGCCAUAGUAAUGUGCUUGAAAUCACCGUUAACCCAGAGAAUUACUCCAGGAGUUACACCUGCCAAGUCAGCAAUGCUGUGAGCAGCAAGAAUGACACAGUCUACUUCACUUUACCCUGUACUCUGGACUAUGGACACUGUAGACUUCCUCAUUCUUCCCAACUGACUGGCCAUGCCUCUUCUCGUCUCUCCUGCCACCACAGACCUGAUGGGACAGUUUGGCGUCUGGCCAUGAGACUACCUUCCUAUCACCAGCACAUCCUGAGAGCCAGAAAAAGGAAGAAACACAGCCCCUGUCCUUUAUAAAAUGAGGGUGACCGCUCAUCUACAGAGAGGAGGAAAACAAUAAUAUAGCCCUUUUUAUUUUGGAAGUGCUAAACCACUCUAGUCACUUGUUAGCCACCCAAAUUAUUCUAGAAAAGCAUCCCUAAUUUAUCACCCAUUCUCUUUGUCUUUUACUUUUCUGCUCCCUCCUCCCCUCUGUUCUUACCCCUUCUCUUCUCUUCCCUUCUUUUCUCUCUUCCCGUUCUCUUUUUUCCUCUUAGUAGGUGUAGAUGGUGAGUGGGGUGG